AAAGCUUUAUUUUUCUUCGGAAGAGCAAAAGAGCGACACCACAUCAAAUCGACAAAAAUGAACACAACAACCGAGAAAGUUUUUAAAUUUUGUGGCACAGAAAAUAGCCCAGCGUUCAUCAUCUUGGUUUUCCCAUCAAAUCAAUACAUACUGAAUCAAAUGCUGGUGUGUGUCGUGAAUUUUGUGCUUGUAAUACCAGCGAUUUUACUCAAUGGGAUUUAUCUGAUCACAGUUUUGCGAAGCCGUCUUCUCCGCGGAAAAAUUUGUUAUUUUCUUAUUGGAAUCCAGUCUGUUACAGAUCUCUUGGUUGCCUGUUUAACAAUCCCAUCUUUCACGUACCUUAUAUACAGUGAAAUAAAUGGUAAUAGCAGCUGUACAACAUUAUUCGUUCUUACCACUAUUGGCUUAAUUCCAGGUGGAUUGUCUCUCGCUUCAUUGUGCGCUAUCACAUUUGAACGAUAUAUGGGUGUAAUACGUCCCAUCUUUCAUCUGAAUUACUUAACGAAAAAGGUUUUUAUUAUCUAUAUGAUUGUCUCAACUGCAAUUCUAUCAAUCGGUGUGCCCUAUGCGUCCAGAUUUGUACUUGUGUAUUACACGGGAAUGGUGAUUGUAAUUGGAAUAAGCCUACUGGUAAAUGCAGCUGCCUAUAUAAAAAUAUUUGUAGCGGUUGGCCAAAGAAUUCAACCCGAUAAUUCCAUCCGUGAGCGCGAGAGAUCAGGAAUAAAAAGUGGCCGAACUAGACUGAAUAAAAGGAAGAACAUUCUUCUGGAGUCAAAACUUGCUCGAUCAUGUGCUUUUGUUGUGAUCUUGUUUUACAUAUGCUACUUUCCCGGUCUUGUAGCAAGUCUCUACUUCAUUGACACAAACAAAUUGAUUUACAGAGUUGUUCAUUCAUGGUACGUCACAAAUUUUGCCAUCAAUUGUAGUUUGAACUCGAUUGUGUUCUUUUGGAAAAGACCUAUACUACGAAAGGAGACAAUACGAGUCUUUCAAAAACUAAAACGAGAUGUCUUUUUUCCAAAAGUGAAUGUUGUAAGCACAGUCAAGAAUGAUUAA